AUGUCCUCAUUCAGUUCCGUCGUCCGCAAGCCUGGCCAGAAAAUCACCCCAAAGACUGCUCCACGACGAAAUGUUCAGAGGCAGAGUGCCCGGCCCACCGCGCCCCCGUCUUUGACCCCAGAAAGUCAUGCUGCGAGUCCUGCUCGUGAUUCUGUUGGUGAUCACGCUUCGAGCCAAGAAGAUGCACAGGUUUCUACCGUUCUUGAGUCAACCGAACUGCCCACCGAUAUAGAGUCUGCCGAUGCCUCUCUUCCUGUGCUAGAAUCCGUCGAGGCUCCUUCCACACCCGUACCAGACUCCCCGCGACUGAAUCGUACUCCUUCGGUUGUGGCAUCUGUUGAGAUACCUGCACCACCAAGGCCUACCGAACUAUCAGCUGCGCCCAGGCUAGAGGCCAUCCCAGCAGUCAGAACAACUAAGUCUAAUAAAUCCCGCCGGAGAGAGACGAAUGAGCCGACCCCUGGGCCAUCAGAGGACUCGGAUCGAGAAGCUGAAGUCGGGGCUGAAUUGGAUCAAGCAGAGAGAAAUGCCCUCUCCCCAAGAAAGAGACGAAAAACAAUACACACAGAUCAGACCAAAUCAGCUGCACGGCCAAGUCCAACUCCAUCUAUCUCGGACAGUGCAGCGUUGAUUCUGGGGAGAAGGUCAAGAACUGCAAGAAGUGGAUCACGCACUUCAGACGCUUUGUUACAAGAUGCCACCAGCCAGGCUGCUGCAGUUUCAGAGCUUGCAAACUCCAUCGAGAAUCGAGCAAGAUCUCUAGGAGCACAAUCUGCGCCCCCAAGUAGUGCGGGCUCAAUCGACACCACCCCAGAGCCCGCCAAACAAACGAAGAAGAGGAAACGUGCGAAGAGAAUUGCGCAAGCAGCCAAGGAUGUCGUCACAAACGCGAUCAGAGGUGGCCGGUACCAUUCUCGCCAGUCGACUCCGGAGAAUGCGGAGGAACUACAGAUCGACCCUGAGGAGGUGGCUAUGGAUGCAUUGAUUCGCGAUACAAAGGUGGGGAGGAAAUCCGAGACCGAGAAGAAGAUGCAGGAAAACUGGGACGAGAUUCAAAAGAGGCGAAAAGAAGAAGUUGUAAGGCGGAGGGAGGCUGCUGGUCAAGGCCGGCAUGGAAGACAAGCACUCGGCACGGUAGAAACUCAGGCCGAGGAAAUUCAUGCUCCGCAGCAGAUCAUCGUUAAUGGACAGAUUGUUGUGGCGGCGGAAUCGCGAGAAGUGGCAUUUGGUGCUGGAGUUGAGCAAGCAGUCAUUGAGGAUGCAGAUGUUGCGCUGGAAGAUGACCGUAUUUACAAAUAUGUCAACCAGGGCACGGUGGGGAAAUACGCCGGACUCCGCCGUGGAAAUCGGUGGGAUGAUGAGAAAACUGAGCUCUUCUACAAAGGUCUCCGCUGGUUCGGGACCGAUUUCAGCAUGAUCGCCCCUUUCUUCCCACAAUUUGAGCGUCGGCAGGUCAAAUUGAAAUACACCAUCGAAUUGCGAGCGAACCCCGAACGGGUUCAGGAGUCUGUUACAGCAAAAGAACCUGUCGAUAUGGACGAGUACAUGCAACUGACCGAGCAGGACUUCAUCGACCCCGCGACCCUUCAAGCCGAGUUGGACGCCGAAGAGAAGCGUCUACGAGAAGAAGAUGAUCAACGACGCGAACGCGAAGGCUUCAUCAAAGACCCAGCCGACAUCGCGCUACCGACAACCGAGCAGGACGACAACGAUGGAGAGGCUGCCGAGCCAACUGAGGACGAGAGCGACACACAUCAGCCUUCAGAAUCAGCACACGCUGCCCGCCUCGAUCGCAUCUCUGCUCUCGCAGAACAGGUUGUCAAUGCGGCUGUGGCGCCAAAGAAGAAGAAUACUCAGCAACAACAGCAACAACAGGCGCGCAAAGCUCGAGACUCAGCUAGUGUUAGAGGCAGGCAGAGAAAGAAGAGCCGAAUGCCACUUGAGGGUGUGGAGGAACGAAUCGGUCCGAUCAACGAGGUCGGCUGA